UUAAUUGAUCUUUGGCAUUUCCUAAUAUGGACUGGAUAAAGUCAAGGUGCAUGGCAGGUUCCACAGACCUCAACCAAAUAUGAUAUCAUUUUGUUUUAAUUAUGUCUGUGUUAAAUCACUCAUUUACAGUAGUUAGUUCACACCUUCUUACAUCAACCUUGAAUAGCCUUUUAAUCCUUGCUAUUGACGCCUGCAAUCCUGUUUUGCAGGUUUUAGCAGCAGAUGUCAUUAACAAAUUAUUAAAACGAAAUAUCUGGGGCAUGUGUGUGCAUGUUUUCUAACAAAGCAUCCCAAUAAGAACACAGCUCACAUUUAUCGUGCGUUCAGGGAGCUGGAAAUAGGGGUAGUUCCGAGUUUGACAGUCUAUCGGGUGUAUUCUUCCACUCGGAGGUGGGAACUUACCAGAACGCUCCUCCUUCUGGCGAGAGAAGUACAAACUAGAGGCAUAUGUUCUGAAUAACUGAAAGCAAAACAGGAUACAUCUGUCACCAUGUUGCCGCUACUGUUCCUUUUCUGUUCCUUCCAGAUUUUCUCGACUGUGAACUCAGGCUCUCAUUCUCUGUGGGCUCUUUCAACAAUGAUUAUCGGAGACACCCCGUUUCCAGAGUUCAGUGUGGUGGUGAUGCUGGAUGACAUCCAGGUGGCCUACUAUGAUUCAGAUGUGGAGAACCUGAUCUACAGACAGUAUGAGUCAGUUCAUGAAGAUGAAGAGAAAAAGGAUGCAAGCGUUUUAUUUGGAGACCAGUAUGAAGACAUGAAUAUCUUCGUCUAUGAACACCAGCUCAACCGUAUCAGCGGAGUACAAACUAUACAGAGAUUGGCUGGUUGUGAGCUACUUGAUGAUGACACCCCUGGUCCACUCCGAAUGUGGAAUUCUGUCAACGGAGUGAAUGACUCAGCGUUGCAAUUCAAUGUGCAACAGAAGACUCUUCAGACUGAAGGUUUACAGCAGCUAAAGUUGAGCCCUAGGUCACGUUUUUAUUUUGGGUUGUUAGAGUUGCGGUACGCAAAAGUCUACAGCCCAAUCUGCUUUACAUUCCUAAAGAAUUGCCUUCACAAGAAGAAAAAUGAGAUGAUGAGAAAAGUGAAGCCCAGAGUCAUUCUCCUCCAGAAGACCCUCCCAGACUCUGGAGGGGUCAAAGUGACCUGCCUGGCCACUGGUUUCUACCCCCGUCACAUCAACCUGACCCUGCUCAGAGACGGCCAGCCUGUGUCUGACCACCAGAUCACUGAGGGGGAGCUGCUACCUAAUCUAGAUGGAACUUACCAGAUGAGGAAGAGCCUGGAGGUCAGCACAGAGGAUCUAAGAGUGAAACACCAUUACUCAUGUACAGCUGAACACCUCAGCCUGGACAACAAACUAAACGUCCAACUGGACCUUGAGCCAUUGGUUCGAGCUAUCUUCCUGCGCCGUAGAAGACACAGCUCCACCCUCUGAUUAUGUUCCUGCCCAGAGCUCUGGGGACUCUAAUCUGGAAAUGAAUCAGAACCAGAAUCUGGAGCUGUAGAUUCUGACUUUGAUCUUUUUAUCAAUACUCUUGUUAGUAUACAUAUCCUGUUCAGUUCAAUAUUUUCAUAUUUUUAUGGACUUUUAAGGAAGAUUUUGUUGUGAAAUCUCACUUCAAUUCUAUGCCUUAUUAAUAUGAAACUCAUUUCAUGCAAAAUUCUAAGGUCUAAAAAAAAAAAAAAAAACUUUCUUGUAAUAGUCUCAUUAGUUGUAGAAUUUUGUGGAGUUUUUGGUGUGCUUCUGAAAUAUUAGUUUGAAGAACUAAGUCUUCAUACCUAUUGUCUUUAAGUGUAACAGGCCUAAACAUUUUCCUAAUGUUCCCCAUUAAAUAAAAAAAAAUGUAACUUUUAUGCAAGAAGAAUGCUUUUAUAAUGUUAAUAAUUUGACACAUUUACUUAAAGUUUUCCCAUUUGGUGGUUUGUUACAUUACAUUCUUAGGUGUGUGCGGGGGUUCAAUUAUACGGGGGCACAGGUUUAUUACUCAAAUCACACUAUUGUUUUCCUUGAAUGCCUGCUGCUGCGUCUUGUAUGAAAUGUGCUAUACAAUAUGCUAGUUUAUUUUAAUAUACUUAGUUUUGUUAAAAUGGAACAAUUUAAAGUAUAUAUGGU